ACGCACUACCGCAUCACCCUCCGCCGCUCCGCCAUCUCCCUCGCCGCCAACGUCAAAGGCACGCUCGUCGCGCUCGGCCUCCACCGCCGCAUGCAGACCGUCUUCCACCGCCACACGCCCGAGUCCGCCGGCAAGAUCCUGCGCGUCAAGGAGCUCGUCGAGGUCGCCAACGUCCCCGCCAGCGCCGUGCGCACGAAGACGGAGCAGAUGCGCGCGCGCAAGUCGCCCCGCGGCUUCGUCGUCGUCGGCUCCAAGCUC